AUGAGUGAUAAUAAUCACUACUACCAAGAGAUUAUGACUAUGAACAAGUCAUACGAUGAUACAUUCAAUGCAUUAUACAAGCUAAAGACAUAUAAAGAAGACGAAAUCAACAAAAUUUUUGAAGAUAUCAAAACAAAUUUAAUCGAAAAGGAAGCAUUUUCUCCAUCACAGAUGUGCAAAAUAGUUGCAAAUAUAGCAAGACACAGAAACAAAUAUUUUAAAUCUUAUUGGACUAUUUUCAAGAAAAUUUAUAACCAAUAUCAACCAAUUUCAAUCAACAAAAUUGAUUCUGUUUUUGAUUAUUUUAUGAACAAAGAGUAUGGUAUCAUUUUCAAUAAAUCAAACAAGCAAUAUUUCGAACAAUUCGAAACUGAGAAAUAUUCAUUGGAAGUUCAUGAACCAGGCACUAUCUACAGGGCAAUUAUGGAUGAUGACAAGAUAUCAUUUAUAACCUUCAUCAAUUGCAUAGGAUUUGAUAAAGACAAAAUGCUUCAAAGUGGAUUUUAUCCAGAUUCAGAUAAAGGAUAUUCAUUACUUGAAUUAUGCUGUUAUCAUGGUUCUGUUGAUUGUUUUAAGCUGCUUCGAACAGAAUUCAACUCACAAAUUACAGAUAAAUGUCUCGCAUUUGCAUUUUUAAGUGAAAGCAAAGAAAUUAUGAGCGAGUGCUUAAAAGUUGCUGAUCCAGUCACAUAUGGUGAUGUUAAUUCUGUUAUUACAAAACUCCCAAAUGACAAUUGUAUGGAAUAUGCACUUAUUUCACACAACAUCGACUUGGUCACAUAUCUGAUUGAUGAAUGCCAUAUGGAACUUGAUCUACUUCUAUGUGGAAAAUAUCAUAAUCUUCAGGCAUUUUCAGCUUACUUAGAUCGCGAAAAGAAAAUUGAUGAAUGCUUCGCUUUUUCACCGUUAUUCAAUAUUCCAUCUCUUUGUGAAUAUUUACUUUCACAAGGUGCAAACAUCAAGUAUGAACCAAUAACAACACAGUCAGCCCUUUAUUAUUCAGCAAUCUCAGAUAAUAAAAUUACAGCUGAAUUUCUUAUUUCGCAUGGUGUUCCAUUGUAUUCCAAGGCAUUGAUAAAGCCACCACUUUGUAUUGCUGCAGAAUAUGAUAGCAGUGGAGUAGUAGAUAUCCUUCUUUCACAUGAUCCACAUAAAAAUGUUCCUUAUCAUGAUUUCGAGCAGCCUAUUCAUAUUGCAGCAGACAAUAAUUGCGUAGAAACAGUCAAAGUUCUUCUCUCUCAUCAUGUACCGAUCAAUGCAAGGGGACAAAACAGAAUGUUUACUCCUCUUCAUUGUGCAGCACGAAAGAAUUGUGUAGAGAUGGCCGAAUAUCUCAUUUCACAAAAAGCAAUCAUUGAUGCACAAGAUAGAGAUAAGCAAACCCCUCUCUUUUUGGCUGCAUGGAAUGAUAAUGCAGAAGUACUUGAAACCCUUAUUUCUCAUGGUGCAAAUGUUAAUAUCAGAAAUAAUAAAGGAGCAACACCAAUUCAUGUUGGUGCAACAAGACUCUGUAAACGAGUAGGUUGUAUUUUGCUUUCACAUGGUGCAAAUGUUAAUGCAAAAGACGAUGAAGGAAGUACACCUCUUCAUUAUGCAGCAACAUUUGGUAAUGAAAAAAUGGUCAAGUACUUUCUCGAGCACGGUGCAAAGAAAAAUGCUGUAGAUUCUUCUCGCAAAAUGCCAUAUCAAUUAGCAUUCGAUCCUGAAUUAAAGAAAUUAUUAACUCCGCGUAGUUCUAAAUGUUAA